GAGACAAUAGAAGAAGUCUUCGUCAUGUUUUGUUUUCGCGCGAUUUUGGUACUUUCUGUCUGUGUUGUGUACGGGCAGAAGAAAGAGAAGACAAACGUGUUCACCAUCAAGCCAGUGUCGUCUAUCUAUCUGCCUCAUUAUGUUGCCGGGAAGAAAUCCUGGGGGAUCAAUAAAGAUGCAGCCGUCAAAACAGCUUACGAUAUGGAUACUAAACUGGCAUACAGUGCUGGUAAACAAUGGAUCCACGUUGUCGACUUUGCGGAUAUGUUUUUUCCCAAGAUCCUGGACAAGUUCGAUUCACCACGCCCUGUCACGGAUAUCGCCGAGUGCGGGCGCUAUGUAGCAUGGGCUGUAGAAGGUCAGGAGAUUACAGACAGUGGAUCGGUAGUUCUCUAUGAUAAGUUCUCAAGGGUCGAUCGGAAGUGGAACAGAAAUUGUGAAUUUAUAGUUGGAUCCAGGCCAAAGAGCAUCAGAUUCACGAAGGAUUGUUCCACCAUCGUUGUUGCUAACGAAGGAGUUGCUGAUGUAGCCGGUACAGGAAGUGCUUCACAAUGGGUAAAUCCCGAAGGUACGGUGAGCAUCAUUAGGUUGUAUGGCAGAAUGCAUCAAAGGCAAGGCCAAGGACAAGGAGGAGGAGGAAAUGGCGGAAACAACUGGGGGAACCAAGGAACAAACCAGAAUAAUUGGGGUAACGCAGGCGGGAGAGGACAAUGGGGAAACAAUGGUCAAGGUGGACCACCCAAUGGAGGACCAAACAACGGUCAACCUGAUUGGAAUAACAGAGGAGGCAAUGGAUGGAAUAAUAAUGGACAGAAUCAGGGACCCAAUCAGGGACCCAAUGGGGGUGGCCCGAAUGGGGGAGGAAGAGGCUGGAAUAACCAGGGUCCAAACCAAGGGGGAAAUGGUCCCAAUCAAGGACCAAACACAGGUGGACAGGGAUGGAACAACCAAGGCCCAAACCAGGGCCCAAACCAAGGACCAAACCAAGGACCGAAUAGAGGAGGAACUGGAUGGAACAACCAGGGACCAAAUCAAGGAGGACGGGGUCCCAAUCAAGGACCAAACACAGGUGGACAGGGAUGGAACAAUCAAGGCCCAAACCAAGGCCCAAACCAAGGCCCAAACCAAGGACCGAACCAAGGCCCAAACCAAGGCCCCAACCAAGGCCCUAACCAAGGACCAAAUAGAGGAGGAACUGGAUGGAACAACCAAGGCCCAAACCAAGGAGGUAGGGUACCAAACCAAGGGCCGAACGGAGGUGGAGGUAAUGGCUGGAACAACCAAGGUCCAAAUCAAGGAGGUAGAGUACCCAAUCAGGGUCCAAAUCAAGGAGGUAGAGUACCCACUCAAGGUCCAAAUAGAGGAGGAACUGGGUGGAACAAUCAAGGAAACAACCAGGGACCAAACCAGGGACCAAACCAAGGCCCAAACCAAGGCCCAAACCAAGGCCCGAACCAAGGACCAAAUAGAGGAGGAACUGGAUGGAACAACCAAGGCCCAAACCAAGGAGGUAGAGUACCCAAUCAGGGUCCAAAUCAAGGCGGUAGGGUACCCACUCAAGGUCCAAAUAGAGGAGGAACUGGGUGGAACAACCAAGGAAACAACCAGGGACCAAACCAAGGCCCAAACCAAGGACCAAAUAGAGGAGGAACUGGAUGGAACAACCAAGGCCCAAACCAAGGAGGUAGAGUACCCACUCAAGGUCCAAAUAGAGGAGGAACUGGGUGGAACAACCAAGGAAACAACCAGGGACCAAACCAAGGCCCAAACCAAGGCCCAAAUAGAGGAGGAACUGGAUGGAACAACCAGGGACCUCAAGGAGGAGGUGCCAGAGGAAAUCCACAGAUUCCUAAUCAAGGAGGGCCCAAUCAAGGACCAAACGCAGGGGGAACCGGGUGGAACAGAGGGCAGACCAAUACACCUAAUGCUAGAGGAAGAGCUCCACCAAACAACCCCUCUAAUAAUCCUGGACAGGGCCCGUGGCAGAUCCAACAUGUGCUUGGCCACCUUAUCCGACAGAAACGACAAUAUCCUCCACCACCACAAACACCAAACUGGCAGCCACAAACACCGCAGUGGCAACCACAGACACCGCAGUGGCAACCACAGACACCAAGAUGGCAACCACCUCAAAGACCAACCUUUCCCCAGACCCCAGCCAGGGGUCCAGGCGGCGGAGGUCACGGUAUGAACCCUCCCAACAGAGGACCAGGAUUCAAUCCAGGACAAGGUCAGGGACAGACACAAUGGCAGAGACCAGGACAAAGACCAGGUCAAAGACCUGGACAGAGACCAGGCCAGUUUCCCCAGGUCCCUGGGCGAGGGAAUACACGAGAUCAGAAUCCGCAGGGGCAGAACCCAAAUGGACAGCCCCCUCAAGGAGGAGUGACAACAAGCAGAGGUACCUGUUCUGGUGGUGGAAACUUUAACCCAACCGUUACAACAUUGGAUUUCACCAAAUUUAACGCAAGGGCUGAUUGGUUCAAGUCUCAGCUAGUCCGACAGCCCUACACUGGUCAGAUGGGUGACAAGCAACUUAAUACAUUUUCACAAGGUCUUGAACCUGAGUACGUGACAUUUGACUCCAUGGAAACCACUGCAUAUGUUAGUCUUCAGGAAAAUAACGCCAUUGCGAGUGUUGAUCUGUUUGCCAAUGAAAUCACAGGCAUCCAUCCUCUUGGCGCCAAGCAAUGGAAAAGAUAUGAUCUGGAUCCUAGUCCUGGCAAUGCUCGAGGUUUCCAGAAGUAUGACAUCGAAAGCUUCCGUCAGCCCGAUGCGAUUGAGUCGUACACGGCAGCCAAUGGAGAGACUUAUAUCGUGACAGCCAACGAGGGCAAGCAGCUUGAAUACACAUGUAAUCUUAAUGCCUGUCCACCGGGUGGUGGAGAGUUCGUCGAGUUCGAAAAGGGAGACGAGUUCCCAGAAGAUUACUGGUUAACUGCAAAGCUACUUGAGAGGGUCAGCAAUGCAGAAAUGUUAGACGCGUUUAGAUUAGGCAAUCUUGAGUUCAGUCGUAUCGAUGGACGCAGUACUGAACAACCCCUGAAGCACGAUGACGUGUAUUUCUACGGAGGCCGUGGUAUCUCGGCCUACCGCGUAGACAGACAGACCGGCAACCUGACCCUCGCGUGGGACAGUGGUGACAUCAUCGAGAAGGCUACAGCUAAGUACCUUCCUAAAAUGCACAAUGGUAACAACAGGGUAGGAGAUCCAAGUCUUACCAUGGCCAGCACAUUCGACUCACAGUCAGACAAAAUGGGUCCUGAAUGUGAAUCCAUUGAAAUUGGCGACGUCCAGGGCACAAAACUCAUCUUCGUUGGUAUUGACAGGAUCAGUGCUAUCGCCCUCUUCAGCGUCCCACCAGAUGGAAAUCUACCGAUAUUCGAGUCAAUUCACAGAGAUGGCCAUAUUGAUAAAUCUUUCUCGGAGCUUUACAGGACAAAGGAAUUCGGAGAUUCUGAUCCAGAGUCUAUAACAUUUAUUCCUCCCGAAAAAUCGGCUGACAAGAGGCCCAAACUGAUGGUAACAGGACGGGUCAGCGGAACUAUCACCAUCUAUCAAAUCAGGGAUGAACCUAUCUGGAUGUUACUCAAGGAUGGCCGCAGUAGAGAUGUUCGUCUGUUGGGCUCCUUGCACGUUGUUCUUCUAUCUACCUUCCUAGCGAUCGUAGCUGGUUAUAGAAGACUAAAUUGAGACUAGGUGUGGAAGAGACCAUGUCUCAAAACGAUCAACCUACUAUAUGAUUACUGUAAGGAAAAAAUAUCUAUCGGUUCGGUGCAGAGCAUCAAGAAGGACUGAGCCAUCAAUGUUCAGAAGAUGUUUCUCUUCGUAUCAUCAGACACAAAACAGCGAUGUCAUGGAUAUGGACAAGGGAGUCUACAAGGCGUUAUACUCGCCAAUGAUCGGGCCGCUUGUCUUGUUAGGAUGUCAUAAUGAUAUGAAGAGAAAACAUUUUUAAAAUGGCGCCAUCACCGCUGCAUCAUGGGAUAAACUUUACACCAUCAGACAGUGGACAGUAGACAGUAGUGUGCAGGCACAGACCCAUGACAGUCGCCAUGCAAAACAGGGGCUCCAAACCAAGAGACUAUGCAAGGACCGCAGUCGAUAGGCCCUGUACUGUAACUGCUCAUGACUUGUUUCAGUGACAGGACCAGAGACUUAUUUCAACUCUGUUUGAAUGUCGAAAGAGAGUCUGUGCCUGCACACUAAGUAAAAAGAGGCCUUGGUAGCGUUUCACAAGACCAACUACACCUUCACCGUCGUCCCAUUGAAGCGCGUGUUAAAUUAAAUACACGCGUUCCAAUGGGAUGUCGGUGAGCUUGUACUUACAAUGUAUUACAGUUUUGUGAAACGCUGGUCAACAAUGUAAAUCAUGCUAAAAAAUUGGAGACGUCUCACGAUUGGAAAAAAGAAAGAUAAAAGUUCUUCUUGAUAAAAUAACUACUAGCAGACAACUGUACAUUGCUUGAUAUCACAACUAUUUUUGAAAAUUAUUCUAAACUAUUCUAGACAAGGACCGACGCCAGAUACUGUACAUAUUUUCUGUAAUAUAUAUAUUAGCCCAUUAAGCUUUCAAACUGUUACAGCAAUAGACUCUGAGAAUUAUAAGUCUCCGAGAAAUAGAGCAAUAUAUGGCUAUUUGUAUAUUAGCUUUGAAUGUAUGAAAUCAAUUAGAUCAUCUCGGAGAAUUUCAUCUAUAUCAUUCAUAUUUCUAGUUUUGAGUAUAAUGCCGAUAAUAUUUUGUCCAUGCAUGAAUACAUUUUCAUGAAUUGUGCAAUAUUAUUUAUACAUUUUAGAGCAGAAUUGUAUUCCAUGAGAAUAUUUUAUGAACCUAUUGCGCAUUGCUAUUUUCUUCGAAGAUGAAAUACGCUAUAUAAGUCUAGGUUAUUAUUAUUAUUAUUAACCUAGAUAUUUUCACUGCAGAGACUUUGCUAAAAAAAUACUGUGAAAUUAUAUGCCGAUAUAUUCGGUUAAAAUGCAUUGAUAAGAAGGAAAUAUGUCUACACAAGUAUGUAUGCGUACAUUUUUCUCUUCACCUCUGUCUCUGUACCUCUGUCUCUGUCUCUCUCUUUCUUUCUCUCUCUCUCUCUCUCUCUCUUUGUUCUCUCCAUCUCUCUGUUUCCCACUGUCUCUCCCAUUGUUACCCUCUGUCUCACCCUAUGUCUCUUCCUCUGUCUCUCUGUUUAUUUCUUAUAUAUUACCAAUCGAUAUUAUUAACACGGUCAUCCUUUUCAAUGCAAAGUAUUUAUAUUUUUGUCAUCAGCACAAUACACAAUUGAUGUUGCCAUAAACUUCAUAAUAAAGACAAUUAUGAAAACACGUA